CAUAAUAGUCAAUCUUUAGAUUGUAACUAAAUAUGUCCUGUUUGCGCUUCGCAGUGGGUGGAAGCAGUGGCGUAGUCAGGAUUCAAAAGAAGUGGGUGGAAGUAGUGGCGGAGCUCGAAUUCAAAAAUACAUGUGUUAUCUUUUCAUAAUAUAAAUAAAAUUAAAAUUAAUAAUAUUCAUAUAAUUCAUUCAUAGACAAUAAAGAAAUAAUUUAUUAAUACAAUAAUUGUUUUCAUAAACAAUCUUAAUGUGUUUUCAUAUUCUAAAAGAAACGUAAAAUACAUUCAUUGUUUAUGCUUUUAAAUGAGUUUUUUUUGGUAUCCAACUAAAAAAUCAUUAGCAAACUGGUGGCCAAUUCGACUUCGAAACUUCUUCUUAAUAUGGCUCAAAGUUGAAAAUGGUCUUUCUACACUUGUAGUUGCAACAACUAGUGUCAAAAUUAGUUUAGUAAGCAUAUAAACUAAUGGAUAUGACUGAUGUACUUUGUCUUCAUCAUUACUUGAUAUAAUUCGUCAUUUCCCUUCAAUCCAACAAAUCUCUCAUAAGCAAUAACAUCAUGAUAAUACCUAAAAGGGUCGCAAAUAAUCUAUCUUUCUUUUCGUUUUAAUUGUUUAAUCUCUUUUUUAUUGAUCAAUGUGUGAUAUCCCGAAUCCUUAUAACUAAUGGAAUCGAAAUGAUCUCUGGAUUGAUCAUAAGAUCCCUUCAAUUGGCUAGAAUUCUUUCCUUGAAUGAAACUAGAUCUUGUGGAAUCAUAUUGAAUAUUUGACGAUCUAUUUCGUCCCUUGUUAAAAACCCGAUCUUUCUUUACCAACCACACAUUUUCUAACCAAAUCCAAUCCUCUCUUGGUAUGUUCCUCAAAAAAUCCGAUUCGUGUAGAUUAUUACCCCAACUAAGGAAGAGAUGGGAAAUUGAGCACAAUUUUGCAAAGAAAUAGCCUACUUCUUUCUCGAGAAGAGAUGGGAAACAUGCUCAAUAGUUAAAAAAAAAAUCUUGCUGAAAAAAGGGUGUAAUGAAAUUUUUUAUAUAGUUAAAAUAGAAGAAAGGGAUAAUCCAGUCAAUGUUGUGAGAACUGAACUAGAGUAUAAACCGAUAUAGUGAAUGAUUCACAUUUUAUGAGUUUAAUCGGUAAAGGUGAAUUGGUAAUUGGCUAACAUGGAAGAAAUUAAUUAUGUUAAUACGUGUUGUAUUGUGUCCUUGAAUUUUUCAAUUUAAAUUUAAAUUUUGUGCUUUUUUAUCUUUGUUCUUUUCUCUUUCUAACUUCCUCCAAAAUUUUGUCCAUCGUGCAAUAGUUUGCGCCCCAUUCACUUCCCAGUACAAGGCUGCCAAUGAAAAUCAAUAUUCAAGUAUCUCUUGGCACUAUGGUUUUAUUGUUGGGGAUUUAGGCUGGGUGAGUAGAAGAUUUCAACUCCGAUAUCAAUCCAUUGCGAAUAGAAUGGAAUUCAUCAAUAAAUGGAGUUGCAGAAGGAGUAUUAGAAAUUGCAUUUUUGGUUGAAUCACAUGCCUCUGGAGAUAAAAAUUUGGUUGUACAACGGAGAGUGGUGGCUAUUGGAUCUUUAGGUUUAUGGUUUUUGCAAAAGUCACAAUCUAUUUCUAUCUUAAAACGAGGAAUCAUUGAUUGAUUUAAUGAAGUAGGUCGAUUCUUUAUUCAACCUACUGGAACUAAUAGAUAAAGAGUGUCUAAUUUUGCGCCUUAUUACUUUGAUAAAGUCUAUUCGAAUAUUAGAGGCAAAGCCAUCAAAAUCGGGAUUUUACGUAAAAUUAAAAAAUGAGGGUAAAAUUGGAAUCGUAAAAUUGAAUCAUAAAAUCGUAGGACUUUAAGGUCCAUAUAAAAAUGAAGAAGGAAUAAUAUUAGUAAGGAAAAUCAUGAAUAACACAAAAGCACAUAACACUUACAAUGAUGAUUUCUCAAGGUUAAUGUCAAGAGGUGGUGAAUCGAUGAUGAUUAAUAAGUUUAUGUGAAUUGAUUAUAGUCGAUUGUGGUUAGUGUGAGAGAACUAGAUGAUGUUGGUGGAGGAGAAGAAAAAGAGGCGUAAUUUUGCAAAUUCUGGGGGGAAAAGGUAAAAUUGACUCAGAGAUUUGAAUCGUAAAAUCGUAAGAUUUUCAGGAUUUAAAUUGUGAAUAGUAUAUGAUUUUAAUGUCCAUAGAUUUAUAUUGAAAUCAGAAUAAGAAUAGGUAAGUAAAUCGUAAAAGCGUAGGAUUUUAGGAUUUAAAUAGAGAUUUUGACUACUAUGAUUGGAGGUAACCCUGAUUUUUUUUGUAAAGGGUUCACCGUUUUGAACAAAGGCGAUGAUAGUUUCCCGCCUUUAUCAAAAAUGAUGAUGCAAUUCACUGUCUUCCGCAGCGGUGAUGCCCAAACUUCUGUAUUUUAGAAAAUAUUUUCAUAAGUACUGUAUUUUGGGAAUUUUUUUUACUAACCAGUGUAUUCUGAUUUUUUUCCAUUUUUCGGGUACCUGCAAUUUUUCCAUUUUUCGGGUACUGAUUCCAUUUUACAAUCCUUGGUGCACUGGUUUUCAUUUUUGGCAGUUCUAUAGAAAUCUCUGACCUGGUUUGAUGUGUUUCUUCUGAAGAAUGGAGAAGGUGAUGAACGAUUUGAAGCUGGCCGAGGCAAAACAAGGGAGUUUUAUUAGCUUGAUCGACGAGUUCCAGGCGAAAUCUUCCUCCAUCCUAUCGCUCUCUCUACAAUGGAAGGAUCUAGACAUACAGUACGGGUCGAUAAGGGAGAGUUUACUCCAACACGCGCGACAACUUGCCAUGCAAGCUACGGAAGUGGAGGAAGCUUGGAGAAGCAUUGAGGCCCGAGAAAUCGAGGUUGAGGUUAAGUUGGAAAUGGCUCUAGGGUUUCUCGACGAGGUUGGAGUGAAGGAAGGGGAACUGGGUUUGCUUAAAAAACAGUUUUCCGAGUGUGAUUCUGGGCUGGGUUCGAAGAACAGAGAGCUUCAGAGCAGGGAAGAGGACUUGGGUUUGCUGAAAAAACAGAUUGAGGACUGUGAUUCUAAGCUGGGUUUGAAGAACAGGGAGCUUCAGGGGAAGGAGAGGGAUUUAGGGUAUAUUAAACAUAGAGUUGAGGAUUGUAAGGCUGAGUUUGAGGGUAAAGAGAGGGAGCUAGGGUUUUUACACAAGGCAUUGGAUGAGCUUCGCAGAGAGGUUUGUGAGAGAGAAGGACAAAGGGAUUCAGCGCAGAAGGCUAUAGAGGAAGAGUCCAAGGAGCUUCAAACGAAAAGGGAAGAGUUGGGUGAGAUAAGGAGGUUGAUUGCUAAGUGUGAUACUGAACAUGAAGUGAAAGAGAAGCAGUUGGUAGAAUGUGGAGAGGAACUUGAGGGUAAGCAGAAGCUGUUGAAGAGAGUGGCGAAUUUGCUUUUGAGUUCUUGUACUGAGAUCCGGGUUAAAGAGGAAGAGUUGACUGAGUUAAGGAGAUCGAUUAUUGAGUAUAAUGCUGAAUAUGAAUUGAAAGAAAGUCAGUUACUUGCGGCGGAUAAGGCACUUCAGGAUAAGGAGAGGGGCAUGGGUUGUUUGGAACAUAGGCUGGAAGAAUGUAGAGAGGAAUUUGAGGGUAAAGAGAAGCUAUUGGGUGCGGCAGAAAGUAAACUGGCUGGGCUGAGGGAGGAAAUUUGUGGUAAAGAGGGAGAAUUGUGCUCCUUGCAGAAGUCCUUUGAGGAACAGUCGAAGGAACUUGAAUUAAGGCGGAAUGAAAUAGAGAAAAUGACGAAAUUGCUAUCGAUUUGUAGCUCCGAGCUUAAGGCAAAAGAGAGAGAAUUAUCUGAAGCAAGGAACUCGAUCAUAGAAUUUAAUGCUAAGCAUAAAUCGAAGGAGGAGGAGCUCGAUUUGGUGGCUCUGAAGCUUCAGCAUAAGGUGGCGGAAAUGGGUUCUGUUCAACAGAGGUUGGAAGAAUUUACAGCAGAACUGGAGGCCAAACAGAAACUAUUGAGUUCCACAGAAAGUACAUUGAAUGAGCUGAGAGAGGAAGUUUGUAGGAAACAAAGAGACUUAGGUUCAUUGUGCAACACUCUUGAGGAACGCUCCAAGGAGCUUGAGUUAAGACAGAAUGAAAUAAGUAGAGUAGAGGAUUUACUUUCAGGUUGUAGGUUUGAGCUUCAGGAAAAAGAGAAAGAGUUGACUGCAGUAAGGCACAUGAUUACAGAAUGCAACACUGGCCAUGAAUUGAAGCAGAAACAGCUGGCUAUUGAGCUUCAGGAAAAAGAGAAAGAGUUGACUGCGGUAAGGCACUUGAUCACAGAAUGCAACACUGGCCAUAAAUUGAAGCAGAAACAGCUGGCUAUUGUGGCUGAAGAGCUUCAGGUUGAUGUAUUGGACUUAGAUUCUGUUCAACAUAGGGUGAAAGCAUCUACAGGCGAACUGGAGGCAAAACAGAAGCUAUUUAGUUCACUAGAAAGGGCAUUGGAGCAGCUUAGGGAGAAGGUUUCUGAGAAGGAGGAAGAAUUCGGUUCAUUGCAAAAGUAUGUAGAGGAGCAGUCGAAGGAGCUUGAUUGUAGGCAGAAGGAAGUAGAAAGAACUAUGGAUUUGCUUUCAAGUUGCAAUUCUGAGCUCCAGAGAAAAGAGAGAGAGUUGGGCGAGAUAAGGAACAUGGUAAUGAAAUGGAACGCUGAACAUGAUUUGAAGGAGAAGCAGCUGACUAUGGAGGAAGGGGAGUUUCAAAUCAAGGAGAGGGACUUGGAUUCUGGGCUCGAGGUGCAAGAAUGUGGAGGGCAGCUUCAGUCUAAUCAGGAGCUACUGGGUUACUUGGAAACAGCCCUGGCAGAGCAUUGCAAGCUGAUUUCUUUCAAAGAGAAGGACUUGAGUUCGCUGCUGAAGUCAAUUGAACUGAAAGAGGCUGCACUAAGUACUAUCGAGUCUUCAAUAAAAAGUCGAGACAAAGUACUUAAAGUGAAAGAUAAAUUGCAGAAGUUACUUCAAUCCAAGAUAGACGGACGCAGCAAAGAGCUGGAAUCACUGAAAGAGCAGGAAAUUUCUAUUCAAGCAUUGGUUGAAGACUUUACCCUUGCUCUUGAGUCAAAUAGUAAGAGCGUUGAAAUGGCUGGGGAACAGAUGAAUUCAUGUUGCAGUAAGCUUGAGUUGAAGCUGGCCGAGCUCUAUACUAUAAUGACAAAAUUGUUUGAAUGCCGAAACAAGCUUGCAGACAGAAGAAAGCAUGUGGAAAAACAGGCUGACGCAGUUGAAAUGCAAAGGAUGGAGCUUCAGAAAAAAGCUGAGUUGUUUAGAUUGAGAGAAGAACAAUUGGGUUCAAAAGAAAAACUGAUUGAUGAAAGAUUUACAGAACUAGAAGCGAAAGAGAAGGAACUAAGCAGCUUGUUAGAAGAGCAGAGAAUCCGAAAGCAAGCUGGAACUGUGGAAAAUAUAUACGGGGUCAUGUCCUGUGAAAGCAAUCCUCCAGAUCCCGCCCUAGAAGAGCCAUCGCCACCUGAUUUGACUGACGAUGAGGUCUCUACUGCACUUGAGUCAUCAGACCCAGCAAAGAUGAUAUUUGACCAAUUAAAACAGUCAAUUUCCCAGAUUGGUGCUAAGAGGUAUGACCAAACUGUGGUCAGGAAUCGAGUUGUUAUGCUGGAAAGGUUGAUGGGAGUCCCUGCAAAUGUAAGUCCUGAGGUGAAAGAAGCAUCCAUUGAACUGGCUGUUGCUUGGAGAGGGAAUUUAAGACUGGAGGCUCAUUGUUCAAUGGAUAUCAUAGCUUUCUUCUUGUUUUUGGCUGUAUUUGGAGUUGGCUCUCAUUUUAAAGCGGAGGAUAUGUUGGAACUGGCUUGCGUGAUUGCUCACCAUGAAAGGGCUCCUGAGUUAUGCCGUACCCUUGGACUUGCAAAAUGGAUACCUGGACUUAUCCAGAGCCUAAGUAAGAAGCACAUGCAUAUGGAGGCCAUUAGAUUCAGUUUGGCAUUCAAGCAAGUUCGCAGCUUCCCACCAAAUCUACUCCUCUCGAAACACUUGGAGAAAACAAGAAUCUUUGAGGACGGAAAGAACUUACUUGAAUCCCAAUACGAGGCCCUGAACAAGCAUCUUGAAUCCUUGAAAGCUAUGUCACAACGUGUGGCUGGAUUAGGGCUUGAUCCUAGUGUCUUGAACCAGAAGAUCAGUGACCAUCUCCAUGUUCUGGAGACUCUAUUGGGGCAUACAAGAAGUUGCUUGCUUGCCACGGGUGUUGUUAUAAAGAGCCAAAGGUAUGGUGUUGCUACAAUUUCUGGCAACAAAUCGCCAUUGCAGCUUGGGAGUUUGACCGAAGGACAGAAGAUCAAGCGGCAGAAGAACUAGGGAGUGUAUGAUGUGUGUGUGUGUGUGUAUAUACGUAGCUAGCUUUGCUAUACCUAGUUAGGAGGUAUGAGAUGUGGAGAUCAGUUAUCUAGUCUAUCUUGUUAACUUUGUGGAAGAAUACGAGACUUCGGGUAUCCACUGAUAACGGAUUUGUCAUCUCAACUAAUAUGUUACUGCUUGGUGUCAAAACAGAACCCAAUUGGAGUAAGUUGUUUGUUCAACUUGACUCGUAACCUGACUGUAACCCAAAUUGACUAAUUAAACAAAUUAUUCGAA